CGAGGGAAACGUGGGGAAACGUCAGUUAUUGACCGACAUCGUAAGAUGUGUUUAUAUGUUGUUUAACUUUCUUCUAACGAACUGUAUUUUGAUUACAUAUUUUUCAAUAUAUCAAGACUGUGUGCAUUGACAUUUGUAUAUUUUAUAUCUAAUGUACGUGAAUGAUAACGUUAUUGUGAAUAUGAACAACUUUACAUGAUAUAUUUUAUACAUGUUAUCUUUUUAAUAAUUGAUUAGAGGCGAACAAGCAGUUUAUAUAUACGUUGUGUCACUUUUUUCCAGUAGUAUAAAAAUAGAUAAGCCACAAUAUGUCUAAAUAUUUACCGUCAUCUGUUCCUACUGAAUUUAAAGAUACUAUUCAAGAUACAAUACGUAAGAUGCUGGAGCAUAGUAGCAACAGAGGUAGAAGUUAUCAAUGGAGCUUGAAUGAUUUUGAAAUCGGAUCACCAUUGGGAAGAGGAAAAUUCGGCCGUGUGUACCUAGCAAGGGAAAAGGCUACUCAGUAUAUGGUUGCCUUGAAGACAUUGUAUAAAGUUGAAUUAAUUAAAGGUCGUGUGGAGAAGCAAGUAAUGAGAGAAAUUGAAAUACAAUCACAUUUGAGACAUCCACAUAUUCUUCAGAUGUUAACAUAUUUUCAUGACAACAAAAGAAUCUAUCUAGUGCUGGAAUUUGCUGCAAGAGGCGAAUUAUACAAGGAAUUAAAACGGCAGCCGAAUGAGAGGUUUAGCGAGCACUUAUCUGCCAAAUAUACUUAUCAAGUAGCUGAUGCUUUGGAGUAUUGCCACUGGAACAAUGUGAUUCACAGAGAUAUAAAACCUGAGAAUUUAUUACUCACAUACAAUGGAGAUAUAAAACUCGCAGACUUUGGCUGGUCUGUCCAUGCACCAUCUUCAAAGCGUGACACGUUAUGUGGAACGUUGGAUUAUUUGCCACCAGAGAUGAUAAUGGGACAAACUUAUGAUUUUUAUGUUGAUCAUUGGUGCUUGGGAAUUCUUUGUUAUGAGUUUCUCACGGGACAGCCACCCUUUUUGAGUGGUUCCACACAAGAAACAUAUGCGAAAAUUAAAACUAUUAAUAUACAAUGGCCCGAACAGAUUAAACCUGGAGCCAAAGACCUUAUAUCUAAGCUGAUCAAGAAAAAAAGUUCGGAGCGAAUUUCAUUGGCUGAAGUCAAAAGACAUCCCUGGAUCGUGGAACACAAAAAUUCACCUAAAUUAAAAGCUUAAGAGGAACAUAAUUUUUUAUUAAUUCGACAACAUAUCGUGUUCGAUGUUUUAUUAUCUUUUUUAAAAAUAGAUUUAAUGUCGCGAAUAAUGAGUUAAAUUUGCGUUACGGCCAUUUUAAAUUAAUACCCGUAACGUCCAAUGCGACAAUGUCCACUUCAACAUUAAGUAAAUCACACAGACUUGGCUUAGUCCUACCAAA